AUGAUUUCAAAUCGCAAACGAUGCACCAGAUCCUGGGAUAUCGAAGAAAUAAUGAAAUGGGAUGAGCAAAUGAACAAGUUGGAUGAAUUCCUGUACAAUGACAGUAUUUUUAUGGAUCCAGACUUUCUGGAUUCUCUCAAUGCUCCAUCGGUACUGGAGGGGACACGUCAGAUGCAAAAUAUGUCAAUAUCUGAAGAUACUAAAACUGGUGUCAAAGAAGAAUCCAAAGAAUCCAGCGCCCCCAAAAUACCUCAGAAGAUUCCAAUUUUCAAAAAACCCCGAAUUCAUGACUUGAGCUACUCCACCGAACUCAAAUCAAUAUGGGAUACUUAUUUAAUCGGUAUGCUGAAACAAAAUACUGCGGACGGAAGGGAUAAGGAUAGUGAGCAGAAGUUGAGCUAUAUCAAUUCGAUGGUUGGGAGAAAGGAUUCAGAUGAGGAGAAGGAAUUCGAGGAUGCAGAUAGUGAUGAUAGUGGUUACGAUGGUGAAGUAACUGUAGGGACCAAGUGA